AUGGCCGCCUCUUCCAUUCUCGAAGCCGACAUUAUUCUUGCUGGUGGUGGGACAGCGGCCUGCGUCAUUGCGGGACGGCUUGCGGCCGCGGAUCCGUCUCUCCGUAUUCUCAUGAUAGAGGCGGGACCUCCUACUCUCGAGGAUGACGCCCAUGUGCAACCCGCUCGUUACAUGAGCCACCUCUUGCCUGAGAGCGUGACGGUCAAGUUCAACGUUGGCAAGCAAAGUGCCGAUCUAGGUGGUCGUGCUCCAAUUGUCCCUUGUGGGCAGUGUAUCGGCGGGGGCUCGAGUGUCAACUUCACCAUGAUGGGGGUCUCGGAUAUGAUGCCUCUUCUGCAGAAGUUGGAGACGUACCAAGUGGCACCUGAGCAGCCUACACAUGGUUAUCAAGGGCCCAUCAAGAUCUCGCGCGGCGGGAUCUACUCCAAUGUCGGUCAAGACUUCCUCAACGUCGCCGCGCAGUAUGACAAGGCCCGGGGUACUACUGAAGACCCAAACGACAUGAUAGAUAUCAAUGCAUACGGGCGAUGGCAGAAGUACAUCGAUCAGGAGAAGGGCCGUCGCUCCGACGUGCCUCACAACUAUAUUUACAAUCGACAGCUAGACAACCUAGAGAUCCUGACCGGGUACCAGGUCAAGCGUGUUAUCAUCGAGGACGGUCGGGCUACGGGCGUAGAAUUUGUUCCCAACGCUCGCUUCGGUGGCGACAGCUCUCGAGGGGUGCGUGUCGCAAAGGCAAGCCGGCUCGUCGUGGUCUCCGCAGGUACUUUCGGCUCCCCCCCUAUCCUAGAACGGUCGGGUAUCGGCGCGCGUCACAUCUUGGAGCCGUUGGGAAUCCACGUGGUCGCUGACUUGCCCGGCGUUGGAGAGAACUAUCAAGACCAUAACGUGGUCUUCGUCCCGUAUUUGGCUGAUGAUGAGGCGGAGACUUUGGACGCUAUCUUCGACAGCGACAAAGAGGAGAUCGAGAAAUGGACUGCACAGUGGCUCGCGGAUGGUUCUGGCAAGAUGGCAUCAAAUGGUAUCGACGCUGGUGUCAAGAUGAGGCCCUCCGCCGAAGAGCUUGAACUCAUCGGUCCGGAGUUCGUUGGCCAUUGGCAAAAGGUGUUCGCGAAUGCACCUGACAAACCCGUGUUGUGGCUUGGUUCGGUUUGCGCCUUCGUCGGCGAUCGCAGUACGCUGCCACCUGGGAAGUAUCACAGUCUGGCCUUCUUCUCGCAGGUGCCAGCAUCCAUCGGCCACCUGCAUAUCACCUCUGCCGAAGAUGUGGACGCCGCGCCGGACUUCGAUCCCAAGUUCCUGAGCAAGCCCGAGGACGUCGCCGUGCUCCGAUGGGGCUACAAGCAUGGGCGAGAGAUCGCCCGUCGGAUGGCUCACUACCGCGGGGAGCACGUACCGGGUCACCCACUUUACCCCGAGGGCAGUACGGCGGCGUGCAGUGGCGACGCGAAACCGGUAGCACUCUCGGAGUCCAAGAUUGUGUACAGCGAAGCGGACGACAAGGCGAUCGAUGAGUACCUACGGAAGGUCGCCGCCACUACAUGGCACAGUCUCGGCACAUGCGCUAUGAAGCCUCGCGAGCAGAAUGGAGUCGUCGACUCCCGAUUGAACGUAUACGGCGUGUCAAGCCUGAAGGUUAUAGGUGCGCAAGAUUUGCCCGCUGAGCCGCGUCUCGUGUCGUGUCUCGUGUGUACUGAGGACGUUUGUGAUAGACAUGUCAUUGCGCCGUCGAACGUCUGCGCGAACACCAACUCGACUGCUAUCGCGAUUGGCGAGAAAGCGGCGAACAUCAUCCUCAAGGAACUCGGUACCGCGGCUUGA